AUGUCCAUGGAGAAAGUUGUUAUUGUCGGGGCAGGUCUCGGCGGAGUACUACUCGGGAUCCUACUAGAGAGGGCGUCCAUAGACUAUGUGAUCCUCGAAAGCAUGCCCGUCGCAAAGAUGCCGCUCGAGGGCGGUGGGGUGAUCUUUAUGACCCCGCAAAUCCAACCGCUUCUGCGGCAGUUAGGUCUUUUGGAUCAAUUGAAGCAAUUGGCCAAACCGGUCAAUCGUAUCACGGUUUUGGCGAUUGAGCAGGGGCGAGGCAUGCAGCCGGAAGUUCUUGGUGAGAUCGAGAGCGGGUUCUUGUGUUCAAGAUUCGGUUACGACGCACUGGCGAUCUCCCGUCCAGAGCUCUAUAACUCUCUCAUAUCCCACAUCCCUCCUUCAAAACUCCAUCUCGGGAAACAGGUCGCUGACGUAUCCUUUCGACAUUUCCAGGAGCAUGACGAAGAUAUCUCCAAAGCAGCUGCGUGUGUCUGCACGGACGGGUCGACGUACGAAGGGAUCAUCAUCGGCGCUGAUGGCGCUUACAGCAGCGUGCGCCGGAGUCUGUACCGGCAAUUGAAAGACCGGAACAUGCUAACUGCGCAGGAUCGUGAGCCGAUGAGGUUUGCAUCCCAGGCCCUCGUGGGGAUGACUCGACCCUUGGACCCGGAGAGGUUCGCGUGGCUUCGGAAAGAGCAUUCGGAGGUGAGGGUGCUGGUCUCUGAUGGGGGCGGGCAUGCCUUUACGUUAUGGUGUGUUCCCAUGACGGAGAAUAGGCUGUGCUGGAUGCUGGACGAGCCCUUGGCAGAGUACCAUGACUGUCCAGAGGUCGAGGACUGGAGCUUCAUGGUACAGACGAUCACUGACACGUGUAAUCGGCACCGAAUGAUGCAGUCUCCGUUGGAGGGAACGCUAUUGGGCGAAUUGUUUGAAUGGACGCCCGAGGGGACCAUGCUGUCGAUCCCACGCGAGGAGGGCUUCUUUUCAAGGUGGACCUAUGGCAAGAUUGCACUCAUGGGUGAUGCGUGUCAUAAGGCACUACCAUAUGGCGGUCAGCCGUUUGCUCAAGCUGGCUACGAUGCGGUCAAGCUCGCCAACGCACUCUACGCCCACGCCCAUGCGCAUAGACUCGGACAGGGGACACAGACGCAGGCAGGAACACAAGUUUUGAAUUGGUUUCAGCAAGGGAUUAAUGAUGGCAUGGCCGCAAGACUCCGCUCGUACGAAACCGAGCGGCGCGCCAAGGCCAGGGCAGCAGUCGCAGGAUCACAUCGGCUUGGGGAACUGCUGAGUCGGCAGGACUGGAUCGGGAAGGUUGUGCGGUACAUAGUCCUGGGUUAUGUGCCCCAGUUUCUGCUGCAUUGGAUCAUUGCAGGCCGAUUUAAUCGAGAUCUAUUUCCACAGGCUGCAUUUUUACCCAAGGUGAUAUAG